GUCUCUGAGAAAGUGGACGCCCUUGACGCGUUCUCGGCGAACACCUGGGAACACGUCGCUUCAUCGCCCUGAGAUGGGGAAGGGCUACCCGCAGUGGUAUGUAUCUAUCGGCACGGUUUGGCGCAUGGCUUGCUCUUUGGGGCCGUUUCUGGUUUCCGCUGUUCUCUCCCUCUUCUUGUACCUUUGAGCGUGGACGCUUCACCCUGCUGGGGCUUAUUAAGGUCUGUGAGAGGACCUAUGUACAUUCUCUAUCUUCGGGGACCCUUUGCCUUACCACUCUUUUUUCUGAGCUCUCGGGGUUCCAUCGCUGCCCUCUUCAAUUUGCGCGCGCAUUACUUCCGCAUAAGCUCGGAAGAAACCUCCAAGCAAGGCGUUGAUGUUUGUAAUCGCUUUGGGGAGGGGGUUCCGACCUCUGCGUUGGAAGUUACAGAGUUCUUUUUUGAGAAGGAUUGUGGAGACUAUCGGAGCACCCACGAGUGGAUGGAUCUGAACCUACGCCACUUGUCACGUCAAUGGAUCUGUUUCAUCUUAUGCAUUCACAACAUGCCUGCCGACAAACCGGCAUUCAAGACUUCAGAGUGUAAGUCAAGCUUCGCAAACAGUCAGCAGCAAGUAUAGAGCGCGAAUCUUGUCGUCUGCCUGCUAUCCAGGAUGGCAGGCUGACGGGCGUAAGUGGGCAACCUAUCGGUCUGAUAGGUGGCAGGCUGAAUCGGGCGUGUAGUGGUAAUGACUCUAUUAUAUUCUGGGGUGUUGUGGGGGUUGUUGAAUGGGG